AUGCUCCAUCGACGCGGUGCAGGCGGCCCCAAGCCAAAGGGGUGGACACGUGCCGCCAAGAACGCCUUCCUAAUCCACUUUGGUGUGCGCACGGGCGGUACUCCAGUGGACGCCACUGCCGACGGCGCCGCCGCCGAACCGCCCGCCGCCGACCCUCCCACCGAGGAGGUCGACGGAGCUGCAGACCCAGCGAUGCAGUCCGAGGCCGCCGCUCCGGCGGCAGAGGCUGACGUCCCGAUGGCGCAAGCGCUGAGCGAUGCCGAGCUUUCAUCAGAUCACGAGCACGAGGAGCAGCCGCUGCUCCAUGAGCAGCGGCUUGCGACAGUCAACCAGGAGCAGGCACGGCUUGAGGCGCUGCGUUGGACCGAGGAAGAGGUGGCUUUGUGGGAGUUCGAGGAGGAGCGUGCGGGCUACAUGGAGGAGACCUCGUGCGACGAGUCCGAGGACGAGGACGAGGACGAGGGCGACGGCGAGGCACCCGCACCCGCACCCGCACCCGCACCCGCACAUGCACAUGCACCCGCGCAGCGUGCAGGGAAGCGUAAGGCUGCACCGCCUCGAGCACCGCCGACGCGCCCGCCAGACAGCAGUGAUGACGAUGGCCCAUCAUUGCAUGCGCCAGCACCGGCGCGGGCAGGGCGGGGGGCCAAGCCGGCAGCCAAGGGGUCCGCACGGCGCAAGCCGCCAGCAGCCAAGCCAGCAGCCAAGGCAGUAGCGGCCAUGUCGAAGCGUCAGCGACGGAAGUGA